AAAGGCUCAAGAGACUCAGAACUGGACAGAGGUCCCAACCCUGAAGAACCUCUUCAGAAUCCAGAUUUCUGAAUCUGCUCUGCACCUAGAGAGACUCCAAACCACUUCUUGACAAUGGGGAACUGGGUGGUUAACCACUGGUUGGCAGUUUUGUGUCUGGUUGCUUGGUUGGGACUGAAUGUUUUCCUCUUUGUACACACCUUCCUGAAAUAUGAGAAGGAUGACAAAUACUACUACACAAGAGAAAUUCUUGGGACAGCGUUGGCUGUGGCCCGAGCCUCUGCUUUCUGCUUGAAUUUUAACAGCAUGCUGAUCCUGAUUCCUGUGUGUCGCAAUUUGCUGUCCUUCUUGAGAGGAUCCGUGAUUUUGCAGUCGCACACUGAGAAAGUCAUUGGAUCACAACCUCACCUUCCAUAAGCUGGUGGCAUAUAUGAUCUGCAUAUUCACAGCUAUCCACAUCAUUGCACACCUGUUUAACUUUGAACGCUACAGUAGAAGCCAUCAUGUCACAACUAUAACCCUUGCCUCUGUUCUCUCCAGCCUACAUCAUGACAAAGAGGGGGGUUUUUGGCUAAAUCCCAUAGCGUCGCCAGACAUGACAGUCUUGUAUGUGACAUUCACCACUAUUGCUGGUCUCUCUGGAGUGAUCAUCACCAUAGCCUUGAUUCUCAUGGUAACUUCAUCUAUGGAGUUUAUUCGGAGGCAUUAUUUUGAGCUCUUCUGGUAUACACACCACCUAUUUAUCAUCUAUAUGGUCUGUUUAUGGAUUCAUGGCUUGGGUGGAAUUGUCCGGAGUCAAACAGAGAAGAGCAUGAAUGAGAGUCAUCCCCAUAAGUGUGCACAGUCUUUUGAAAAGUGGGAUGAUCAUGACCCUGACUGCAAGGAGCCACAAUUUGAGGGACAUCCCCCUGAGUCUUGGAAGUGGACCCUUGCACCAUUUGCUCUAUAUAUCUUUGAAAGGUUUCUUCUCCGGUUUUAUCGCUCCCAGCAGAAGGUUGUGAUCACCAAGGUUGUUAUGCACCCAUCCAAAGUUUUGGAAUUGCAGAUGAAGAAGCGUGGCUUUAGCAUGGAAGUGGGACAGUACAUCUUUGUUAAUUGCCCCUCAAUCUCCUUCCUGGAGUGGCAUCCCUUUACUCUGACCUCUGCUCCAGAAGAAGAUUUCUUCUCCAUUCAUAUCCGAGCAGCAGGGGAUUGGACAGAAAAUCUCAUAAGGGUGUUUGAACAACAGAAUUCACUAAUUCCCAGGAUUGAGGUGGAUGGUCCCUUUGGCACAGCCAGUGAGGAUGUUUUUCAGUAUGAAGUGGCUGUGCUGGUUGGGGCAGGAAUUGGGGUCACUCCCUUUGCUUCCAUCUUGAAAUCCAUCUGGUUCAAAUUGCAGCAUUCGGACCACAAACUCAAAACACAAAAGAUUUAUUUCUACUGGAUCUGCAGGGAAACGGGUGCUUUUGCCUGGUUCAAGGACCUACUGACUUCCCUGGAACAGGAGAUGGAAGAAUCAGGCAAAGUGGGUUUUUUAAACUACCGUCUUUUCCUCACUGGAUGGAACAGCAACAUUGCUGGUCAUGUGGCAUUAAACUUUGACAAGGCUACUGACAUCCUGACAGGAUUGAAACAGAAAACCUUCUUUGGAAGACCAAUGUGGGACAAUGAGUUUUCUACAAUAGCUACCACCCACCCCAAGUCUGUGGUGGGGGUUUUUCUAUGUGGUCCUCUGACUUUGGCAAAGAGCCUGCGCAAAUGUUGUCACCAAUACUCCAGUCUGGAUCCUCGGAAGGUUCAAUUCUACUUCAACCAAGAAAAUUUCUGA